AUGGAAACACGGCCAUACAUGUUCACACAUCCGCUGCCUCGGGGCCAGGAGGAGUCAGGUGGCGUUCUAGGACCAGCCUGCAUCUUUCUGAGAGGAAAGAACUUUGAGCGGAAACUUGUAGCUGAAGAGAUGGAAGAGUUGCAACAGGCAUUUAGCGAAUUUGAUAAGGAUAAGGAUGGGCUCAUCAGCUGUAAAGAUCUGGGCAACCUGAUGCGGACUAUGGGAUAUAUGCCCACAGAGAUGGAGCUGAUUGAACUCAGCCAGAACAUCAGCAUGAACCUUGGUGGUCAAGUAGACUUUGAGGAUUUUGUGGAACUCAUGGCUCCUAAGCUCUUAGAAGAGACAGCUGGAAUGAUCGGCCUAAAGGAGCUGAAGGAAGCCUUCAGAGAGUUCGACAUGGACGGUGAUGGCGCCAUCACUAUUGAUGAACUGAGGCAUGCUAUGGAGAAGCUGCUUGGUGAAAACACUAACAGAAAAGAGAUUGAGGCUGUGGUAAGAGAGGUUGACAAUAAUGAAGAUGGAAGAGUAGAUUUCGAAGAAUUUGUCAGAAUGAUGUCAAGAGAUUAA